AUGCCGCGUCCUGCACACUCGGCGUCGCCUCGAAUCGUCCGUCGACUUGCUGCGGCGGCCGGGACGCCUGCCUCCACGCGGCCUCUCAUCUCCCGCUGUGCUUGCAGACAGCACCGACAUGUGCCGUUGGUCCUGCUCUCGAUUGCCUCGCGGCGGUUCGUUUCGUCCACCUCGCCUGCUCCCAUCCGCCCGACGGCCGCUCGUUUCGCACAACCGCCACAGGCCGCAGCACCCUUCCUGUCCGCCUACACACCCCAGUCCGCUGUCGAGCCUGCCGGUAUGACCGAGUCCGAGUACCAUGCUCUUGCCGACGAGUACCUUGAUCGCCUGCUUGUGCGCCUGGAAGACAUGCAGGAUGCCCGUGAAGAUGUCGAUGUGGAGUACGCCUCGGGGGUGCUGACGCUGUCCUUUUCGCCGAGCGAGCCUGGCGCACGUCCGCGGACAUAUGUCAUCAACAAGCAGCCGCCCAACAAGCAAAUCUGGCUGUCGUCGCCCAUAUCCGGGCCGAAGCGGUACGACUGGGUGCUCGAUGCUGGGACCAGCGGGGACAGUACUCGCGGCCAGUGGAUUUACCUCAAGGACGGCUCGGCGCUGAAUGACCUGCUGCGAGAUGAGAUUGAUCUGGACCUGGAUGCCGAGUGGGAAGAGGCUUAA